AUGAAGUCUGUCGAUGUCUUUCCAGCUUACAAAGAUAUCUUAAACGCACGUCAUACACACAUCACUAGACAAGAAGAAGACUUCACUGUAGCCGAACUGGCAAUGCCAGAUCGACAGGCUUAUCUACAUCUCAGUCUUUUACUACUGGUUCUUCCACUUCAGUAUUUUGUAUCCCAGUAUAUGUCCAGAUCUGAAUCACAAAGAGACUAUGCAUUUCGUAGUUUGCUGAGUAAUUUUGUUGGAUUUAAAAAUCGGUAUUUUUCGUGGCAAUCCUGGCAUAAAUGGUGUUUAAAUGUAAUCGAUAAAUUCCAAACGAAAGUCGAUGGCAGGCCUGAUUAUGCUGGUAAAGAUGACUUAAAUGGAGAAUCUCCAGCAUAUGAAGUUUUUAAAUAUAAAGAUUCCAAAGGCUAUUUUUCAGGAUCUCCAAAUCCUCGUUCCCCGAAGUCAUCAGAAGUGAAAUUCCGUGUAGGACAAGUUAUUAAACAUAAAAUUUGGGGUUAUAGAGGUGUUAUUAUUGGCUGGGAUGAAGAGGCGCGGGCACCAGAAAAUUGGUUAAAACAAAUGCAUCCUAAAGGGAAAGAGCAUUGGAGAAAAAUGCCAAAUUAUUCCAUAUUAGUUGAUACUCGUGAUAGAUUAGAAGCACAAGUAACAUAUGUUCCUCAGGAAAAUAUAGAAUUAUUAAUGCAUACCAAGGUAAUCCAUCCACUACUAGAGAAUUAUUUUGAAGGUUUUGAUGGAGGACAGUAUGUAUGUCGACCAUGGUUAAAGUCAGUUUAUCCACAUGAUAAUUAA